AUGUUUGGUAGAACCUUUUGGAAAGCUUCUUGAAACACUGAGCACACUGAAAUGCAGUCACAUACCCGUUGCACUGAAAUGUGUCCCAAGCUCAAUCCAGAAAUGGCUAAGUCUCACACUAUGCCUAAAGAAAAAUGGGUGGAGAAGAGGGGAGCAAAUGGUAAACAAGUUAAAUUUACAGCUGCUGAGAAAGGAAAAGGCCUGAUUACACAUAAGGAGCAAAACACCAUUAUUACAAAGAAAAACAACAGUAAAGCAUUAAUAAUAGUGGAUCAACCUUCCUCAUCUGCCCCCAUUUCAAAGGUAGUCUCUAUUGAGGAAGAGGGCACUGACACUGAGGAGGUAUUCCAUGAAGAACCGCCUGCACCGAAAAAUGAUAAGGUUCAAAGUACUCAGUUAGCAUGUCCUGAUGUAUUAAACGUUGAGGAAAUGAAGAAGCUUUUACAGAUGGAAGUGAAGGGCAUUAAGCAUACUAAGAGAGUGGAAAUGAAUGAUGAUGUUGUUUUAAAGCACAUGAAGCAACAAAUGGAAUAUGAUGCAGACCUGGUAGCCAAGGGGUACUCAUCAGAUGGUGGAACCCAAAAGAUACUGGAACCUUUGCAAUAUUGGGAGUCUAAUUGGAAGGAAAUCUCUGAUGUGGUUGAUGUAAUGGCCAAGCGCUUGGAUGGUGAGGUGAAAAAAGAAAUGAUGUAGGUUGGUUGGGUAAGUGAAUAUUGUUGGAAAAUUGUAUUAAAAUUGCAUUAAAAGGUCAUUUUCGGACAAAUUUUUGAGUUGGGUCCCUUCCGAUUUGGGUCGGGUUAGAGUGGAUUCAGAUCGAUUUGGGUCGGGUUAGAGUGGAUUCAGAUUCAUCUUUUUAAGGGGUUCAAUUCGAUAUGUGGUACACUCAAAACGGAUAAUGGGUGAAUGAGAAGGUAAACUAAAUGUAGAACUACCGUCGGUCAAUGGACAUUUCAAUUUCUCCUUUGAAUUGCAAGUGUUUCGAACGUUGGUUAACGUUUGGAAACUGUAAAACACGAUUAAUGCAUGGUUGAAUUGUGUGGUUAAUGGCUGUUGAAAAUGACACUACUGUCAGUCCAAUAGAAGAAGAAUUCACAUCAGUAAGGAGCAAGAGAAACAAAAGAAAAGAUUUACCUGUUAAUUCUCCCAGACUCACCAGAAAUGCUGCAAAAAAGAAGGAAGAGAGUGUUGGGUCAGUUUUCAGUACACUGGCUACUCAAGAUUUAUCCAAUCAAUGCUUAUGAAUUGCUUGGUGUGGAAUGCAAGAGGAAUAGAGUCUGCUAGUGCUAGAUUAUGCUCAAUAGUCACGCAACGGCAGAUUCAUAUUUUAGCAGUAAUAGAACCCAUUGUUAAUUGUUCCAAGAUUGAUUUCUAUAAACAUAUCUUAGGUUAUCCUAAUGCUUUGUUUUCUUCUGUUAAUAAAAUUUGGGUCUUUUGGGACCCAGUGGUGGUG